AAAUCACACUGCACCGUACCAACCCCCCUGAACCUUCCUGUGGGGGGUGAGUCCACUGGAAGGUACCAACCACCCUAAUCGGGAUUCGAACUUGCCCAGGAGGUGAACCCUGGGGUUGUAUUGUAACUUGUCCACUUUAUUUCACUUCAGCUCCACUUCCUGUCAUCUGCCGACAUCGUGACCAACAGAUGCUCCCACCAUUAGGGAAUCACAAAAGAGAUGGUGCCUUUUUUAUAACACUUAUUUCGGAGUACGUCAGAGAGUAAGAGAUGCGCCCAGGACAAAUAUCAGAGUACCACAGUUCUUCUGUAAGCCUGAUGUUCUGAUAAGCAGCAAUAAGGAAAUGGUGACUGAUUAACUCCAACAGACUUUACUCCCUUCAUUCACGUCUACACCCACCACUGUACGCUGCGUAUUUGUAUAGAAGUGGAUCCAGGUGAGCAGAGAUGAGCGACACCUCAGACGACGAGCCCGAGAUCUCUUUCAAAAUAAAGUUUCUGGGGCGAGUGGAAGUGGUCCGUCCUACUGGAGUGGAGAUCCUGGAAGAAGCUGUUCAGAGCCUCCAGAUACCUGAUCCAUACUCCUCAGAGAAGGUGGCCAAGAAGAGUAAAGUCCAUCUCUUCCUGUCACAGAAAGGAAUUGACCUCCUGGAACAUGAAACCAUGUUUCUGUUGUACCAAAGUCCUCUGUUCACCGUCUCCUUCUGCGCCGUCCUUCCAUCUUCCCCCAAAAUCUUCGGCUACGUGGCCAGACAUCCUGCAGCCGACACCUACCAUUGUUACCUGUUCCAGAGCAAGAAGUUUUCCCAUGUUGUGGUGUCAGCGAUUGGCGAUGCCUUCAAAGUGUCAAAUCAGGAUGAGGGAACCAAAGGUGGGCGAUACCUGAUCGUUGAGGCUCUCAAACAUAAGAAUAAAAUGCUGCAGAGAGAAAAUGAUGAACUAAAGAGGAGACUUGCAGGACAAACUGAGUAAUAACCCAGAAUAAGUCCAAUAACUUGACCAAUAAAUAAUAUUUAACAAAUAGUAAAUUUAUGUGCAAUUAUAACUGCAGACAUUUGUGAUAAAAAAGUAUUGUAUUGAAGAAAAAUUAUAACGUUGAAUGUCUAAUAAAAUGAACUAGU